AUGGCUGCUGUGGUGUGCGUAGGGUCCAUUUCUGGCAUCCGAGCUUUAUGGGAAGGCCGAAUCCAGAAGCACCAAGAAGAUCUGAAAGCCCAGAAAGAACACAGAGGCACAAAGGCUGUCGGAGAAAUCUCUAAUGUAUGGGAGAGCCGUAUCCAGUUAUCAAAGCUGAAGGAGAAGGUUUACAAUGAAGACGGAAGGCUGAUUCUCAGGAUUGAAAAGGAAGAGUGGAAGACACUGCCGGCUUGCCUGGUAAAACUGUCACAGCUUCAGGAGUGGCAGCUCCACCGCACGAGACUGACCGCCAUACCCUCAUUCAUAGCAAACUUCAAAAACCUUUUGGUCCUGGACUUAACUCGAAAUGCUAUAGCUACAAUUCCUCGAGAGAUUGGCAGACUGACUAAGCUCAGAGAACUUCUGCUCAGCUACAACCGCAUUUCUGAGGUCCCUGCAGAACUAGGUGACUGUGAGAGCUUAGAAAGACUGGAACUAGCUGUGAAUAAAGAUAUUUCUCAUCUACCAGACCAGCUCAGUAAACUAAAACAGCUCACUCAUCUGGACCUGAACAUGAAUCAAUUCUCAGCAAUCCCAAGGGCUGUUUUGGGUCUCCCAGCACUGGAAUGGUUGGACAUGGGCAGCAACAGAUUAAAAGAAUUGCCCAAAGAGAUAGACAAGAUGCAGACACUACACACUUUGUGGCUUCAGCGCAAUGAAAUCUCAGGGCUUCCAGAUUCCAUAAACUGCCUGACAAACCUCAACACUUUGGUUUUGACCAAUAAUCUCAUGAAACAGAUCCCUCUUUGUCUGCAGAGCUUGCACAACCUUCGGUUUGUAAACUUCAGGGAUAACCCAUUAGAGCUUCAGAUCACUCUACCACCAUGUAAUGACGAUGAGGAUGAGAGGGAGCUGUUUGGCCUACAGUUCAUGCAUGCCUAUAUCCAGGAGACCCUAAAAAGCAACCACUCAGAUACCAAGGUGGAUCCUCAAUGA